AUGAAAGUGCAGAUUUCUCAUAAAUACUCUAUUUUAAAUCAUCUUUCUCAUUUAAAUACUAAUAAUAAUUUAAUUAAUAAAUUUUAAUAGAUAUAGGAAAAUGUUAAUAAACGAAAUGUUAAAUAGAGAAUUAGAAUGUAAUAUUUAUUUAUUUAUAUAUCCUUUAGUCAUGUUUUGAUAAUAUAGUUAAUUAGAUUGAUUAAUUAUUGAAAUAGAUAUCCAAUUUGUAAAUUUAGUAAUCCUAAAUUUGAAUUAUCUUAACCUAAUUUUCAUUAAUUUAAUUUUAUUGGUUAAUCUGAGUUUUAAUCAAACAUUAUUUAAGAAUUGAAACCAUUAAUAAAUUCAAAAAUUAAAGGGCAAGUUCAAUUCAGAUUAUAAUAAAAUACAUUAAUAUAUUAAUCAUCAUAAUCAAUAGAAAAACAAUCAAUUAUUCAAUCUACAUCUUCUUAAUUAAAUUUAAAACCAUUUAAUUAUUAAAUAAUUUAAAGUAAUUCAAUUAAAAUAUAAUAAUUUUGUCGUGUAAUUGAAAUAAAUAAAGAUUAUUCAAUUGUAGCUAUUGGUUGUGAUAAAUAAAUAAAAAUAUAUGAAUUCAAAUAAAGAAGCCUGAAUUUAUUUCAAGUAUUGAAUUAACAUAAUAAUGAUAUAUUCGCUUUAAAUUUCAUGUAAAAAUCAGAUUAAUUGAUAUCUGGAGAUAGAGAUGGAUCUAUUGUAAUUUGGUCAAGCAAUAACAAUAAUUAAUGGAAUUACUCAUAAACAAUUAAAGGACGUAGUUAUUGGAUUUAUUGUUUAAUAUUGAAUAAGGAUGUAGAUCUUUUUAUAUCAAGUAGUGGGGAUAAUACUAUUAAGUUUUGGAAUAAACAAAAUGAAUGGAUAUGUUAAAAAUCAAUCACACUGAUCAUACAUCUUAAGUUUAUUAAAUAAGUUUAAAUGAUUAAGAAGAUAAAGUUAUUUCUUGUGGAUAGGAUUCAACAAUAUUAGUAAUUGAAUAUUCUGAACACAGCAAAAGGUGGAUGGUAAUAUCAAAUAUCAAAGUUGAUUUUUAUGGAUUUAGAUUAUCCUUUAUAAAAAAUAAUGUAUUCACAUUUAAACCUAAUUAUGGCAAUUUGA